UAUGUCAACUUGUCAAACAUCAAAAAACCCAAAUAAGUUAUAAAUUAUCCCAAAAUUACAUUAACUUUAUAAAUGCGAGUGAACCAAAUCGAAAGUGUGAAUAAUACAAUAGUGACUAGUCUUUCAGGGAAACUUUUGUUGCAAAAUCUGUGCUAUUAAAGCGAUGAGUCAUCUGCAGUAUCACAAAAUGAUAUCAAAACGUUAGUUUUAGUCGAAAUCAAAAAGCACAACGUCUGAAUCUAAACCAUGUGCCUUAAAUCGAGUAUUAAAAACCUGGAGUGAUGGACGAAAAGCGAGUUGCUGAUUAUUUUGUAGUGGCAGGACUGCCAGACGACCCUGAGCCUCUAGAUGAGACAACUCUAUCUGAAGGGGGCAAUCUUAAGGCGAGUCAUGGCCAGGCUCCCAUUACCGAUAUUAGUGUCAUUUUUCCCGGGUUGGGUGAAAAAACACCUCAAGGGUGGUGUGUCAUUACAAAAACACCGUCAGGGCUUGUGGCUGAUCUCAAUCACGGUAGUUUAAGGACAAAUGAGUGCUACUUGUGCUAUCGGAGGAGUCGAGAUAAGCCCCCUUUAGUCGACAUAGGUGUUAUGUAUGAUGGCAAAGAAUGGCUCAUGCCCGACGCUGAGGUCGUCAAAGAAAGCGUGGGGAAACACGUAGCCAACGUGAAUAAUUCUACGUCUCAGACGUUCAUCACCUAUAGAAGGGGGCAACCCACGAUGCCUUGCAAUGCUCUUGUUGUGACUGAUGUUUGUGUUGUGAUUGCUAGUAAAGGGGAAUCUCCACCUCACGCGUUUUGUUGCAUCAACAAAAACCUAAAUAAGGGCAUCGUGGGGAGCGACGUUUUCCUCUGUUACAAGAAGUCGAUGAAUAGAGCCAAGUUGUUGACUUAUAAACCUUCCGUUUUGUCCAGGUACCCCAUGAGUGACCUACCAAAUUUUCCGUUUCCAAAUUCCGUGCCUUUGUUUUGUCUCCCAAUGGGCUCUACGUUGGAGCUGUGGCCAAAAGAAGCGACCCGUCCAAAGCCAGUAUUUAGCACUUUCGUACUCACAGUAUCAGAUGCGAAAUAUAAAGUCUACGGUUCAGCUGUGACAUUCUACGAGCCAUUUCCGCUUCAAGAACUCAGCGACGAGCAGAGAGAGCUUUUAGGAUACACCGAAAACUCCGAUUUUAUUUUAAAUAUGAAUAAAAGUAUCUGUCUUUUAUCGCAUUGGCCGUUUAGUGAUGCUUUCGAGACGUGGCUUUUAUUUUUACACAAUAUGGUGGCUAGUGGGGAGCCCCAAGCGAUCCCUGUGGAACGAUACAUCGUGCAGUUGUUGGACGAAGUCCCCUUUCCGUCACCGCGAACUUUACUCGAACUUUCAGAUCAAAAUGACAAGCAAACAAACAAAGUUAUAUUGACGCAACCGGAAGAUUUGCCAUUACCGAGAAGUGCGGCCGGUUUUAGACACCUUUUGCUUAAUUUAGGUCCGGAGAAUUGUCUCCAAGUCCUACUUUUAGCACUGACUGAACAAAAAAUUCUCAUACAUUCGCUCAGACCUGAUACUUUAACGGCUGUAGCUGAGGCCGUUUCGUCGUUUCUUUUCCCGUUCAAAUGGCAGUGCCCUUAUAUCCCACUCUGCCCUUUAGGUUUGGUCGAGGUACUUCAUGCCCCCUUACCGUUUUUAAUCGGGGUCGAUUCGCGUUUUUUCGAUUUGUAUGACCCACCACCAGAUGUCAGCUGUAUCGACUUGGAUACGAAUAUAAUCACAGUGGCGGAGCCGCAACGACAAGUUUUAAAUAUUAAGUUAUUGCCGAAAAAGCCAGCAAAAAGCUUGAAAGCGGCCUUGGAUUAUCUCUACUACCAGAUCAGAAAUAACAGUGCAAAUACCGAAGCGACUUCUGGUGAUAACAUCGAAAGCGAGUUCCGGAAAAAGGAGAAGGAACAAGCGCAAGAACUCGAAAUCCAGGAGGCUUUUUUACGUUUCAUGGCCUUGACGUUGAAAGACUACCGCUCGUAUCUUUUACCCAUAACGCGAGCCCCCACUGUUGGUACCACCGAUCCUCAAGCUCUCUUCCAACUCGCCGAUUUUCUCAAAAGUCGCGACAAAACCCAUCAUCGAUUUUUCACAUUAAUGAUGCGAACGCAAAUGUUUAUUCGUUUUAUCGAAGAGAGGAGUUUCGUGGCUGAUGGUGAUCAAGGACUUGCCUUCUUUGAUGAAUGUAGCGAGAAAUUGAGUUACGAAGAAGGCGACAUCCGGUUAAUCGAACCGGAUGCGUUGCAUAAGAGCGAUAGGACGAUUUUUGUAUUGCCACCGGAACCGAAUUCGGAUGCACACAUUUAUACGAAUUUCACGCUAGAGCCCGGACUUUUAUCCGGGAAAAAACGCAAUCAUUUGACGUCGCUCUACCAUGCGGUUAUUCCCGGAUCGCCGAUGGCCAGGAGGACCAAACACGAAAUCAAGUCAGCACAAAAACUAGCAAGGAAGUGUCAAAGUUCACCGGAAUUGUGGGCGAGACUCUUAUGCGGCACCUGUCAUACUUUGUAUUUUAUGGUUUUACCAAGUAUGUUGUCGCUCAAUGCCGGUAAAGAGAAAGCGAUACUUCAGCAAGCAUAUGAAUUGCUCGUGCGAGCUACUCAACAAAGAUUAGCAUGCGACGAGGUUUGCUAUAGGUUGAUGAUGCAGCUGUGUGGGGAACAUUCGAGACCGCUAUUGGCUGUGAAGCUGCUAGUAAUUAUGAAGAAGUUUGGGAUUCAACCAAAUGCUCUCACUUACGGUUUGUAUAACCGGUGCGUCUUGGAGGCCGAAUGGCCGGCGUAUUCCGGUUCUAGUCAACUCCUUUGGAACAAACUCCGCAAUGUUGUAAUGGGCGCGGCGCAUUUCCGGUGGGCGGCGAAACAUAAAGCUCGGAAAUUAUCAGCAUCGACUGAGGGCGGGUCUAGUUUACUCGAACCUGGCGAUAGGACCGCCUCUCGCUCCUCCCUAGACUCACACGAAGCCGUUCAAACCGACAACAGCCUACUGAACAAAUUCCGAAAAGCUGCCGCCAACAUAGUUAAAGGCAGUCUAAACGGUUCGGCGCAAUCCCUCAAAGACGUAGUCGAAGAGGAAGUCGUUGAAAAUAAACCGGAAGAACACGAAACGAAACUCAACAAUCAUUUUACACCACCCGGAAGUCCGUCAGAAUGCCGGAUUUUAUCCCGGUCUGAAAGCGCCGGCGAUGCCAACAUCAUUGAUAAAUUACAACAAAAUAAAAAGAAUUGUUCUCGGACUUUAGAUUUUAACGGCGAGGAAGAAUCCGGGAAACAGUCACCCGGAAAGGUGUCUCCACGUACUAUUGUCACGCAAAAUGAUCCCUUAGGAGCGUUUGAUCAAGCUCCGCCUCCCAAAACAAGCGUAACUCCACCUCCUGAGCCAGUCCCCAUGAAUCAAAAUCCUCUUCUUACUGACGAUCCGAUUUUGUUCAAGUCGACGGUACAUCGAUCAGCUACGUUUGAAGGUAGUCCUCCAGCCCAAAGUAAGAUACACAGAUCUGAAACCGUGCCGGCGGCAACAGUGGCUUCGAGCUUAGCGAGUCUCAGUUCCAGUUUUAAGUUGGGAUUCAGCCGCUAUUCACCAUCACGCCUCUCCCUGCGCAAAGCCGAUCUCAAGAUGCCCCAACAGCUGUUGGAAAACGCAAUAAACAAUCUCAGCCCCAGCAGUUUGACAGGUAAGAAACCGAACGAACUAAUCCAAGGUGGUAUCAGUUCCAUAAAAUCUGCGGCCAACACAAUGGUGAAAAAACUGGAUGAGAUCAAAGAGGCCAUGUCGACGUCGGCGCACAACACACCGGUUAAAACCGCACAAACCGAUCGGUUAGCAGCCGGCGAUGCGGACAUCGGGGAGUGUGAGUCGACCGAUGGGAGUGAAGGUGGGGAGAGACAUAGGCGGGUUUCGGCAGAGUUGGGGAGUUACAGGGGGAGUUACACGAAUUUGAAGGAUUCGGAUGAGGCGUUACCGGAAAGUUUGUUUCCGCCACCUUCUGAAGAUAAACAAGAUUGCGAAUUGGAAAUAACAAUAAAUUCGUGUUCGCAAUGUCACAAUUGCUUGUCUCUUCUCUACGAUGAAGAGAUCAUGGCGAACUGGUUCGCUGAGGAUUCAAAUUUAAACACGAAUUGUCAAUCGUGUAGUAAACCAACAGUUCCACUGUUGACAAUAAUGAUAACGGGGAAGAAUAUUCCGUCUUGUGACCCGUUUAGUGUCCCUUAUUUGAACCCACUUGUGUUGAGAAAAGAACUGGAGAAUAUUUUGACCCAAGAGGGUGACCUUAGUUUAGCCGAUGCAAAAUUCGUAGAUGAACAUCCGAUCAUUUAUUGGAAUCUAGUGUGGGCUUUUGAACGGAUCAAUGUCCAAACACAUUUACCUAAUCUUUAUUUGAAGACACGAACGGAAGAAACUAGUGAGAAGAAAGACAAAAGUGAGAAUAGUAGUGAAGAAGUGGGAGUUAUGCAACCGGUGGAGGAAGGAACCGAUCCGCUGACGCAAGAAUUGGCGGCUUUGGAACAAUUGGCAGCACAAGUGUGUGUUAGAUGCUUGUGGGAUGACCCGAGACUGUACAGCGAGAGGCCCCCCAUGUACACAACUUGGAAGUUGCGAGACGCGUCCCAAAUCAACAAAAACAUCGUUACGAAAUCAUUUAUGCAAAAAGUUAUCUUUAGUAUUCGACUUAACGACUUGGCGGAGCCUUUGAAAGAUUUGGCGUCGGAUCGUGAGUCACACGAUGUGCAUCAGGGGAAAAACCGGAUUUCGAUUUAUCGCGACAUCUUGUUUCUGGCGUGUAAAGCGUUGGGGAGGAGUCAUAUCGACUUGAAUGAGUUUGAUAAACAAUACAGUGCGGCUUAUUAUCGUGCGACUGAAAGGAAUAAUAGACAGUUUGAGCCCCAGGAUAAACCUCUGAGUGCAAUCGCGUUGUAUUGCCGUCAGUACUUCCGCCCACUGUCUUUGCCUUGAUCGGUUCAUUUGUGUUCUUUUUAUUUAAUUAAUAAGGUGCACUGCUAUAUUUUAACUGUAGGUUUUUUCUUGGGUCUAUAGUUUUCAAUAAAGUUGUUGAAUAAAGACAGUUUUGUAAA